UGCGGAGAACGAGUGGACAGCCCGCGCAAGCGUGGAGCUGAGCUCAGUCCCCUGGUUGUCUUUGAGCGCGUUGGAGCUCCCUCGCCCGGCUGAUCCCUCUAAAGACAGGUUCCUAGCUUCCUCUUUCAUAACUAUGUCAGGCCACACUCCACCUCUGUCUAAGAUUGACCAGAAGCCCGGAGAAGGAGAUCAGAUAAUGGAGUACUUUAAACAGCAGGUACAGCUACUGAAAGAGAAAGCAGUCCUACAGGCCUCAGUCCGGGAGGAGAAGAAACUACUGGUGGAAAAUGCGAAACUGAAAAAGGACAUUGAGGAUCUUAAAAAAAUACUACAAGAGAAGCAAAAAAGAAAAAUAGCCCGUCAGUCCACCUCCAAGUCAGCUGCUCCAGAGUGUAGUACCCUGACCGCCCAGGCUGGGCCUGCCAGCUCCGUCCCCUCCACCCCUGGCAGCAACCCGCAGAGGGACGAAGGGAGGCGGAGGAGGGCCGAAAGAAGGGGGGAGCGGAAAGAGAAGAAGCUGGCCUUGGUGGCUCUCGAUCCGGAGGAGAAGGUGGACGUCUCCCGUCUGGACCUACGCGUUGGGCGAAUCAUCACAGCCAAGAAGCACCCAGAUGCCGACUCGUUAUAUGUGGAGGAGGUGGACGUGGGAGAAGCCACACUCAGGACGGUGGUCAGUGGACUUGUGAAGGACUCUCCUCUGGAGCAGCUGCAGAACCGGCUGGUGGUGCUCCUAUGCAACCUGCGGCCGACCAAGGUGAGGGGAGUGUUGUCCCAGGCCAUGGUGAUGUGUGCAGCCUCCCUGGAGAAGGUGGAAAUCCUGGACCCGCCCAGUGGAGCCGUGCCUGGUGACAGAGUCACAUUCCUGAGUUUCCCUGGAGAACCGGACAAGGAGCUGAACCCGAAGAAGAAGGUGUGGGAGAAGGUCCAAGCAGACCUGCGCACCGAUGGAAAGUGUAUCGCCACGUAUAAGGGGGCGCCAUUCGAAGUGAGGGGCAAAGGACUCUGCAAAUCUCAGACCAUGAGCAACUGUGGGAUCAAGUAAAAUGAUUAUACCCAUCUGUGUUUUGCCUGGGCUCAGUUUCCCGAAAGCAUCAUAGCUCCAAGAUCAUCAGAAGAACUCUCACAAGGCGCAUUAACUCAUAUUUCAGAUGUUUCCAAAAACAAACCCCCUGCACUAAAAACUAAGUAUAAGAUGUCUUAUCUUUUGAACCUCUUUCAUUGCUCCCUGCAUAGUGUUUACUUGUUUUUUUUUUUCUUUUUCAUUUCUGAUGCCUUUAAUAGGUUACACAUGAUUGGACAUUCAUUUUACAAAGACAAUGUCAUCAUAUGGAUGGAUGUUUUUUAGCAGUUUCCAAGAUUGCCUCAUUUACAUUUUGAUUUCAACACCGUUUCCUUCCAGUAAAGGUAAAGCAACCCUUCCAACAAUGGACUCAACAAUACUUCCUAAUAACAUAAUUUCAUCAUUAUUGGGAAACGGGGCUUUGUACAAAAAAAAAAGUUUCAGUGGAUAAACCUAAAAUUUUGACUUCAAGUACUUAAAAAAUAUUAAAGUACCAUGUCCAGCUGUAACCCCAUGUGUUGUCAGGAUGCAUAGAAACCCCAUUAAAGGUUACAAAUAGCUAUUUGAAAAGCC